GCGAAAAAGAAAAAAGCAGGGAGCUCAAACAUUUCAUCAAACGUCAUACGAACACAUAUAUAGGCACACAACCAAAGAUCAUGGUCCUCGAUCUUUACAACUCUUACUGUAAUUUGAGAUUCGAGCAGAAACACCACCAGCAACAAACAGUUAUAUAAUGAAAAUAUAGCGAAGAAGACACUGUUGUUUUCUCAAUCACAAAUCACUAUGCAUCCCUCUUCUUCGUCGAGUUCGUUGAUAAAGCGAGCUGUUCCUUUUUUGGCAGCUCGAAUUCACAAUUGUACAAUUUUGACUAUCAGAAGAAGAAAUUCAUCUUCUGCUGCUGUUUCUCAACCUCAUUCCCUUUGCGUUCACUUGAUAGAUAAUUUUGUUAGGCGGAUGCAAGAGUUACAAACAGGUGAAGAUACAGAGAAGAUGCUCCGAUUAAGCAUUGAAGCUGGUGGAUGUUCUGGCUUCCAAUAUAAAUUUUCACUUGAUGAUGAGACAAAUUCAGAUGACAGGAUAUUCGAGAGAGACGGUGUUAAACUGCUACUGGUAGUAGAUAAUAUCUCAUAUGACUUUGUGAAAGGAUCAACUGUUGACUAUGUACAGGAACUUACACGCUCUGCAUUUCAAGUGGCAUCCAAUCCAAGUGCAGUUGGGGGAUGCAGCUGUAAAAGUUCCUUCACCGUGGGAUAACAUGGAAGCAACUUUUUCAAGAGCAUGACAGUUAAAAUAUCAUAGGCGGCCUUCACUUGUGAGAGACUUGCCAUAUUUGUAUGAUAACUACGAACCGCAAUGGAUCAUACAAUAUGGGCUAAUGGCUUAUCUAGUGCAAGAGGAUGCAGAGUAAACUGAUAUUAAAAGUGUAAAAAGUAAGAUUGAGCAUAUGAUUCCUCUAGUGCAAGAUGGCCAAAGUAAACCUGUCUGGCUUGAUUCAUCUAGUGCAAGAAUAUUCAGAGUAUCGGGUGUAAAAUUUAAAACUUUCCUAAUAAUUAUUUAUUUUAAAUCUCGUGUAAAUUUGUUUUACGUGGAACUUAAU